CACAGGUGUUGGGGGCGAUGAUUGGAGUCGGGCUGUCUGUGCUGCUGGUGGCUGCCUUGAUCCUGCUGCUCAUCCGGCGGUUCCGCCAUCCAAAAGUUGAGGCGCAGGAGCAGCCCAAGUACCGAUUCCGCAAGCGGGACAAGGUCUUGUUCUACGGGCGCAAAAUCAUGCGCAAGGUUUCCCAGUCCACGUCCUCCCUGGUCGACACCACCAUCUCCUCUGCUUCUCGGCCCCGGAUGAAGAAGAAGCUCAAGAUGUUGAAUAUUGCCAAAAAGAUCCUGCGCAUCAAGAAGGAGCUGCCCACCCUCCAGCUGAAGGAGCCCCCUCCCUCGGUCCUGGAGGCGGAUCUCACCGAGUUUGACGUGGCCAACUCUCACCUCCCCUCCGAGGUCCUCUACAUGCUGAAGAACGUGCGGGUCUUGGGUCACUUUGAGAAGCCCUUGUUCCUGGAGCUGUGCAAGCACAUGACUUUCCAGCAGUGCCCGCAGGGCCAGUACGUCUUCCGCCCCGGGCAGCCAGACACCAGCAUCUACGUGGUCCAGGAUGGCAAACUGGAGCUCUUCCUGUCUGAGCAGGAUGGAAAAGAGACCCUUGUGAAGGAGGUGUUCCCGGGGGACAGUGUGCACAGCCUCCUCAGCAUCCUGGACGUGAUAACGGGUCACCAGCGGCCGUAUCGCACUGUCUCUGCCCGGGCAGCGGAGGACUCCACCGUGCUGCGCCUGCCAGUGGAGGCUUUCUCGGCGGUCUUUGAGAAGUACCCUGAAAGCCUCGUCAGGGUGGUACAGAUCAUCAUGGUGCGCCUGCAGAGGGUCACCUUCUUGGCCCUGCACAACUACCUCGGCUUGACCAAUGAGCUCUUCAGCCACGAGAUGCAGCCCCUGCGGCUUUUCCCCCAGUCAGGCCACGCCUCUCGCACAAGUCCUGUCCGGCACAGCAAACGUGGCAUCAGCACUUCCUCUGUCGAGGAUGCCAGAGAGAGUGCUGGGAAGCAGCUGGAGGCGACUCUCAAGGACCAAGGGGACCCUUCGAAGCCUGGCUUACUGGAACCGCCUUCUGCCCCACUAUUGAGUCGUUGCAUCUCUAUGCCAGUUGACAUUUCAGGGAUCCAGAGGGCCCCUCGAUCUGACUUCGACAUGGCCUACGAACGCGGCCGCAUCUCCGUUUCCCUCCAGGAAGACAGCCCAGUCUCCUCAGCCAGCUUCGCUCGAUCAGCCUCCCAUGAGCCCCGGGAACGGAAGACGGUGACGGUGGAGGAGCAGCCCUCUGGGAUCUACCACUACAAUUACUGCGAGGAUGACUCCGCGGGCGGUGACUGCCCCUUUGGGCCCUACCAGGGCCGCCAAACGAGUGCCAUCUUUGAGGCCGCCAAGAGGGAGCUGGUCAAGCUGAUGAAAAUCGAGGACCCCUCUUUGCUGAAUAACCGGGUUCUGCUGCAUCACGCCAAGGCUGGGACGGUGAUCGCCCGCCAAGGGGACCAGGAUGUCAGCCUGCAUUUUGUGCUGUGGGGCUGCCUGCACGUUUACCAGCGGAUGAUUGACAAGGCUGAAGACGUGUGCCUCUUCCUGACUCAGCCGGGGGAGAUGGUGGGGCAGCUGGCUGUGCUCACAGGAGAGCCCCUGAUCUUCACUAUCAAGGCCAACCGAGACUGCACUUUCCUCAAGAUCUCCAAGUCUGACUUCUACGAGAUCAUGCGUGAGCAACCCAGUGUGGUUCUGAGUGUUGCUCACACUGUUGCAGCCCGCAUGUCUCCCUUUGUGCGCCAGAUGGACUUUGCGAUUGACUGGAUGGCCGUGGAAGCCGGGCGGGCCCUGUAUAGGCAAGGAGACAAGUCUGACUGCACCUACAUUGUCCUCAACGGGCGUCUGCGAUCGGUGAUCCAGAAGGGCAAUGGCAAGAAGGAGCUGGUGGGGGAAUACGGGCGCGGAGACCUCAUUGGCGUGGUAGAGGCCUUGACCCGCCAAGCCCGAGCCACCACAGUCCAUGCAGUGCGGGACACGGAGCUGGCCAAGCUGCCAGAAGGGACCCUCAACAACAUCAAGCGGCGAUACCCACAGGUUGUGACCCGUCUCAUCCACCUGCUGAGCCAGAAGAUCCUGGGGAACUUGCAGCAGUUGCGUGGCCCUUUCCGAGGGCCCGGCCUCAGCGUGGCCUCCAGCUCAGAGCUGACUAACCCGGCCAGCAACCUGUCCACAGUGGCUGUCCUGCCUGUGUGUGAGGAUGUGCCCAUGGCUGCAUUCACCCUGGAACUCAAGCAUGCCCUGAACGCCAUUGGCCCAACCCUCUUGCUCACCAGUGACAUCAUUCGAGCCCGGCUGGGGGCCUCCGCCCUGGACAGCAUCCAUGAAUAUCGUCUCUCUGGCUGGCUGGCCCAGCAAGAAGACAUCCACCGCAUUGUCUUAUACCAGACAGACUACACCCUGACACCCUGGACCGUGCGCUGCAUCCGCCAAGCCGACUGCAUCCUCAUUGUGGGCCUGGGGGACCAGGAGCCCAUGUUGGGGGAGCUGGAGCAGAUGCUGGAGAACACGGCCGUGCGCGCCCUGAAGCAGCUGAUCCUUCUACACCGUGAAGACGGGCCCAGCCCGGCCCGCACCGUGGAAUGGCUCAACAUGCGCAGCUGGUGCUCAGGGCAUCUGCACAUCAAGUGUCCACGGCGGGUCUUUUCACGGCGCAGUCCAAAUAAGCUGAGAGAGAUGUAUGAGAAGGUUUUUGAGAAGAAUGCCGACCGCCACAGCGACUUCUCGCGCCUCGCACGAGUCCUCACAGGGAACACCAUCGCUUUGGUGCUGGGUGGAGGCGGGGCCAGGGGCUGCUCUCACAUUGGGGUGAUCAAGGCCAUGGAGGAAGCUUGCCUCCCUAUCGACCUGAUUGGCGGGACCUCUAUUGGCUCCUUCAUUGGCGCCCUGUAUGCUGAGGAGAGGAGCGCCGUGCGCACCAAGCAGCGUGCCAGGGAAUGGGCGAAGAGCAUGAAUUCCGUGUUUGCGACUGUCCUGGACCUCACCUACCCCAUCACCUCCAUGUUCUCUGGGUCUGCCUUCAACGCCAGCAUCCACAAGGUCUUCCAGGACAAGCAGAUCGAGGACCUGUGGCUCCCCUACUUUAAUGUGACCACAGAUAUCACAGCCUCCGCCAUGAGGAUCCACAAAGAUGGCAGCGUGUGGCGCUUCGUCCGGGCCAGUGCAUCUUACACCCCCUAUUUGCCUCCUCUCUGCGACCCCAAGGACAGUCACUUGCUUGUGGAUGGCUGCUAUGUUAACAAUGUCCCAGGCUCGCUGUGGCGGUACGUGCGAGCUAGCAUGACCCUUUCCGGGUACCUACCGCCACUCUGCGACCCCAAGGACGGCAAUUUACUGAUGGACGGCGGCUACAUCAACAACCUCCCAGCUGACAUUGCGCGCAACAUGGGUGCCAAGACCGUGGUUGCCAUCGACGUGGGCAGCCAGGAUGAUACUGACCUCUGCAACUACGGGGACAGCCUUUCGGGCUGGUGGUUGCUGUGGAAACGCCUCAACCCUUGGGCAGAGAAGGUGAAGGUCCCAGAUAUGGCAGAGAUUCAGUCUCGCCUGGCCUACGUUUCUUGUGUGCGGCAGCUGGAGGUUGUGAAGAGCAGUUCCUACUGUGAAUACAUCCGUCCUCCCAUCGAUCGUUUCAAAACCAUGGAUUUUGGCAAGUUUGACGAGAUCUAUGAGGUGGGCUACCAACACGGGAAAGUGGUAUUUGACGGCUGGUGUCGCGGGGACAUCAUCGAGAAAAUGGUGAAAGACAGGCAUUCUGCGGACUUCUAUGAGAGCAAACGCAUGGACGUGCUGGCCUGUCCCAGUGCAGGAUUCACUGACCUGGCUGAGAUCGUCUCUCGCAUUGAGCCAGCCAAGAGCUACCUGUCAGACAGCUACGCAGACGCAGGGGAGGAAUCGGACUACCUGACUGAGUAUGAGGAUGAUGGGAUCGAUGCCAUGCAAGAGGAGGAAGAGCAGGAACUGGUGUUUGCCCCGGCUGAGCAGAAUGCGGCCUUUGAAACGGAUGAGGAGAAGAGUCUUCGGCACCGUCGAGGGACCUCCGAGGAGUCUCCUGGCACGGCUGCCCCUUGAGGAACGUCCUUCCUGAGCCAGGGAAAUGGAGGGAAGGGGACCAGAUGUGGCCCUCCCCUUAGAGGCUGCUGUAGUAGCGGGGGGGGGGGGGGCAGGGAGCAAGGAGUCCCACCAAGCUUGGCUCACGCAGAGUCCUUUGCUUCUGUCCAGCAGAGCCACCAGUUCUCAGGGGACUCUGAUGCUGUCCAAGCUCCAGCUGCACCUGGGCCAGGUGGCGGCAGGACCCCACGCCCGCACAUGGGCCUGAACACUGUGCCCGCAGCAGCAGCACUCCAUGCCCACAGCCAGGCCUGCUGGGUAGGAUCCUGAGAUUCUGCCGUGCUUGCUGGGCUGGAGGAGUAACAACGGGCUCCUUUCCCAGGACUGGCCAGUUGGCACAUUGUGGGGAGGGGUUGGAGAGAAAAUGCAGGAGGCGGGAAUUCACCAGGGAGCACAAGACGUGGCCUCCUACCAAAGGUCUCAAGGCCAGUCUUGUCUACUCCAGCUGACAGCAGCUCUCUCUCCCUCGCUCGGUCUCUUUCCAGGGUCCCGGGAGGGGGUCCUUCCCCUCAGCCAGUCCCUUCUGACUGGAGGUACUGCCAGGGAUUGAGCCUGGGGGGACCCCCUGCAUGGCCAGGAGAUCCCCCACCCUCCGUGCCAGGACAUCUCCACUAAUUAGCUAGACUAGCUGGGAUGGGGUUGAAUCCUUUCCAUGACACAGAGUGAAGGAAAGAACACCAGAUUUUCCCAUUUCAGCCAUUAGUAGCAUAAACUCCACCAGGGAAUACAGUGGUGGGAAACAGAUCUGGUCACUUCCUGUGCUCUGAGCAGGCACAACGUUUCUUGCUUGCUGGGGCAGAGAAGAGGCAGGGCCUGAGGGCGGAGCCAAAGUGGGCUGGGUCCCUCUCCAGGCCGCCCACCAUGACAAAGACAAAGCGGCAAAGGCCUGGAAGGCAGCGGCUGGGCACAAUGGGGUGCCCCCAGUUUGGGUGGUUGCGUUUUUAAAAUUGAUCUAAGGGGCUUGCGUUGCACCUUUCUGCAUUCAAGAUAAGAACUAAAAGGGAGUAAACAAAAAAUCUGAAAUGUGAUGGAAGGCUAGUUUUUAAGAAAACAAGUAAAACAGUUGAAAGC